AUGUCUCGCUUCCUCUGGCGUGCGAUCGUCGCCGCGCUGCCGGCCUUUAAUGUCUCAAGCGACCCGACGACAUGCAAGGUUCUCAACAUGCAGUUCCCCAGGCGCGUCAUCUCCCCCAACAACGCGGCAUUAUACGCCUCAACCCAAUCGUCGUAUUAUAGCGGCCAAGAGCGUACCAUGAAGCUCAACUGCAUAUUCAUGCCCACCACAACCGCCAAAGUCAGCAAGUUAGUCAAGGCCAUGAUCCCACGACAGGCCCAGGACGCCCUUUUCGCCAUCCGCAGCGGUAGCCACACCCUCUAG